GUCAGCCAUGACAUCAUUUUCCUGCGCCUGUGUUGUUGUCGGAGUCGCGAGUCGAUGGAAGGCAUCGCUAUUUCUUGAAAUCAAAAAGGUUACAACUCCGCGAUCAAAAUGGUCGUCUUUCCAAGUUCUCUAACGGAGGAGGAAGAGACAUUGCAAAAGAAAUAUGCCAAACUGAAAAAGAAGAAAAAGGCCCUGUUGGCUUUGAAGAAACAGAACACCACAAAUCAGACCAAUCAAACAGGACUGAAAAGAACUCUGUCCGACCAGCCUGUGCUGGACUCUGCAUCUGCUACCGAACAGGCCAAGAAGCUCAUCAAGUCUGGUGCCAUCAGUGCAAUCAAGUCAGAGAACAAGAACUCUGGAUUCAAGCGCUCGAGGACACUGGAGUGCAAGCUUAAAGAUCCUGAGAAAGGUCCUGUCCCGGCUUUCCAGCCUUUUCAAAGAAGCGUCUCCACUGAUGAAGACCCAUCUGAGGCUGCCAAAAGGGCACACAGAAAAUCUUUGUAUGAGUGCUUUGUUCCGACGAGUGACCGUCCCCGUGAGGAGGAGGAAGGGGGCGGAGCUGGGAUGGCCACGCCCAACCGGGACGGUGACCGAGAACCAGAACGUGAAAUGGACAGAGAGAGAGAGAGGGAAAGAGACCGCGAUCGUGAGCGUGAUCGAGACAGAGAGAGAGACCGAGACCGCGACAGGGACAAGGAUAAGGACCGAGAGAGGGAGAGAGGCCGUGGAGAGCGAGAUCGGGAGCGUGACAGGAGUCGUGAGGACAGAGACAGGAGUCGGGACCGAGACCGGAGUCGGGACCGAGACAGAGAACGCGACAGAGAACGCGACCGAGACCGUGAACGGGACCGAGAGAGGGAUCGAGAACGGGACAGGGAUGGGCCUUUCAGACGCUCUGACUCUUACCCGGAGCGUCGAGGUGCGCGGAAGGGCAACACGGUGUAUGUGUACGGCACGUGCCUGGUGGAGGACAACCUGCGCGCCGCCUUCUCCCCGCACGGCACCAUCAUCGACCUGUCCAUGGACUCCCCCCGCAACUGUGCUUUUAUAACCUUUGAGAAGAUGGAGUCAGCCGAUCAGGCAGUCGCAGAGCUGAACGGUUCUAUGGUUGGAGACGUUCCCAUUAAGGUCAGCAUCGCCAGGAAACAGCCCAUGUUGGAGGCAGCCACGGGGAAAUCCGUCUGGGCCUCUCUGGCUGUCCAGAACAGUGCCAAAGGCUCCUACAGAGACAAGAGGAACCAGGUGGUGUACAAUGAAGAUUUCCUUGGCUAGGAGUUCGUCCAUUUUGCACAUUCCUGUCCUGCACUUGUGCUUGUGGCCUCGCCCCACCUCCGUGGAGAAAACAAUUACGUUUCCUAGCUGUCAGCAGCCUAGCCACAACAACUUUUGGGGGACUGUUUUUCAUUUACCAUCCCAAUUGCAAAUGAGAAAAGGACAUUAGAAUUGUGCUUUUGCAAUGUUGUCAGUGACAUCAUGAGGUCACAAGCAGGCAAGUGAGCAAGGGAGUCUGCAGAUUGGAAUCCACUCUAGGAGUUUGUUGAUUUUAUUAGAGUUGCCCUAGUACUGUUUUUAAUGUACUGCGAGAUAUGGGGCCUAUACUACAAAGCUGGUUCAG